AAUGAACACCUUGAGUUUCUUGGAAGUUUUAGAAAAAGUGCAAGAAUGCAGCCAAUCGAUCAGUAGAACACACACACACACACACUUAGCCUACAGGAAUGUGAACAGAGGUUAAUAACAAAGCUGAUUCCAGGUCAGUGCGUUCUUAAAGGAUCAUUAAACAGAUGGUGACAUUUUCCAUAAAGCUUCACUCUUAUUGCUGUUAGGUUUGUGCGCUCUCUCACACACACACACACCUGUUUAAAACAACAGGUGAUACACCUCACUUUUCUGUUUACACUCCAAAUAUUAAUGAAACUAAUGGAUUCAGCUGGCCCACAUGAGUGAGACUUUGUUUAGACCAUGGACAUGUUGAGGCACCGCGCCUGAGCCUCCAUCCCCAUCCUGGGUGAGGCUGUGAUGUAACCUGGAGCAGAAAUAUCAGUUUCACACUAAUAAAUGCAUAAAAUUAAUUUUAUGAGUUAUUUAUAUGCAUCCGACUUUCUUUAAAUGAUUUAGAAAUAUCAAAAAUAUUCCCAAGCGUUUCCUCCUCCCUGCUGUUGCAGCUCCCUCAGAUCAGAUCACCUUUUAUUUGUUGUGAAACCAAGCGGAGCUCCAAGAGUUGGUUUUGUCCUUCAAACGGCUCCUGGGAGCGGUAAAUCUGGGCGUGUGUUUGAAGCUGCGACAGCCAUAAAAGGAGGAAUGCAAAUGGUGAGAAUCCAGAGCUGUUCUCACCUGCAGACAGGUGUAAAGAUCUGGGUUUACGGCCCGAGUUUUGAGUCGGAACUCAAUUUUACCAACAACACCAUUGUUCCAAAGUCCAGCACUCACAAAAGGAGAAAGCAGACACUGAACUGGAUGUUCUCAGCAUCAGCUUACACACAAACAGCCAAGAUCUGAGUAAGUAUCACAGAUUUAUGGAGGAAUGGACGAUUAUUAGACGUCUGCUGCUCGUCGUUAAUACAAAUUUAACAUUAGAAGUCUCAGUUCGUUGCCGUUGAACCAGAACAACAUGGCUAACAGGAAGUCACAGGUGCAGCGAAGAAUUGUGACAAAGGACGGUCGCAAUAACGUGCAGAUCGACAACGUGGAGGGCAUGGUCAAGCUGUAUCUGCAUGAUCUCUGGACCACUGUAGUGGACAUGAAGUGGCGCUACAAGCUCACCCUGUUUGCCUCCACCUUCGUCAUGACUUGGUUCAUCUUCGGGGUUUUCUUUUACCUGAUUGGGAUGGGGAACGGAGACUACAAGGUUGGGGUGAACUCGACCCACACGCCAUGCGUGAUGAACGUGGAGACGCUCACCGGAGCCUUCCUGUUCUCUCUCGAGUCCCAGACCACCAUCGGUUAUGGCUUUCGUUAUAUUUCUGAGGAGUGUCCUCUGGCCAUCUUCACCCUGGUGGCUCAGCUUGUCAUCACCGGCCUGGCUGAGAUCUUCAUCACAGGGGCCUUCCUGGCCAAACUGGCUCGGCCCAAGAAAAGAGCAGAAACCAUAAAGUUCAGUCAGGUGGCGGUGGUCUGCCCAUACCGAGAUAAGCUGUGUCUGGUAGUGAGGGUGGCCAAUAUGAGGAAAAGCCUCCUGAUCCAGUGUCAGCUUAGUGGAAAGCUCUUUCACUCUAACGUGACAGAAGAAGGUGAGAAGACCCAAAUCCACCAGAGCUCUGUGGAUUUCUUCAUGGACUCCAGCGGAGACUGUCCUUUCCUGAUUCUUCCACUCACCUUCCACCAUGUUAUUGAUGAGCACAGCCCGUUAGCAGGUCUGACAGCAGAAAACCUGCACAAUCGAGACUUCGAGUUGCUCGUCACCCUCAACGCCACCAUGGAGUCGACCGCGGCCACAUGCCAGAGCCGGACCUCUUACAUCCCUCAGGAAAUCCUGUGGGGUUAUGAGUUCCAGCCAGUCCUCUUCAGCACUGAUGGAGGCCGCCUUGUUGUCGAUUUCAACUUUUUUGACCAAGUGCAAAUUAGCAGCAACACAGCCGUCAUUAGCAGCAACGAAGAGAAGCUGAAACUAGACAAUGCCUGAGAAGAAACGUUCAGUAGGACAGACUAUCAAACCAGGUAUUCUUUCAUCACCAUUACAUCUUAGAUCAAAACACUAGUGAGGGCUUGGAGUUGGACUUUUGGAGAAGUAGUAAAUCAAAUUAUCAAGAAACAAAAAAAUGAUCAUUUUAAAUUCUACAUGAAACAAAUAGAAAAACACUUUUGGUUUCCACCUGUUUACAUAUUGGAUGCAAAAAUAGAAAAAAAGUUGUUGCACUUUCUAAAAAAACCACACUCCAAUCUGAUUGAUCUGUUCCUCAGGCCUUCACAGGCCCUCCCCCUACAGCCAAAAGGGUGGGGCUAACACAAUUUAUUGCCCCCGCUUUUUAUUUGUUGCUUUGAAUAAAUUUAAUUUUACUUGGUCAUAAAUACCUUUAAAGAACACACACACACACACACACACACACACACAAUAUUGUGACAGUUGGAGCACAUUAAACUACAAAAACUUAAACUGUGAUGGGGAUCUAAAGUUUUCAUUUAGAUUUGUUUUAACCAGAAAGUUUGAAACUGCUUAGAAUGGCUUUGUAGUUAGUUUUAUACCAGUGUAAAUGCUACUGCAGACCCUUAGCUCAGAUUUUUAGUGUCAUUAAAAUGUCAUUUUAGGAUUCAUAUUAAAACUACGGACAAUGAAAAUAAAAAUAUGUAUCAAGUUAGCACCAAUACAGAAAUAUUCCUCCUUGCAUGAAGUAAACGUGACUCCUGUGUGAAGGUUCGCCAACUAAUAAACUACAAGUGUCUCCAUGUUUAAAGUGUGAAAAAAAUGUGAAUUAUAAGCAGAACUGUUUGUAUCUGGAUUAUGAUUACAGGUGCUGAUGUGGAAAUCUUUCUCUGUCCUUAUUCCUGUUAAACGUGUUUGGUCUUAUGAAUUGUACAUUGUGCUAGUAAACUGGGUAUGGUGAUACAUUUAGGUAUUUAACAUAGAUAGUGACAAAAAUGUUUUGUUUUUGUGAGUAAAGCUAACCACUAUCUGCAAAACCAA